AUGCUCUUCAAAAGCAUCACACUCCUUGCCGCAGCGAGCCUCUCACAGGCUGUCGUUCUCCCCGCACGACAGGUUAGCGAUGGCAGCAAAUGCAUCGACCCGCCACAGAGAAUUGAGUGGCGCAAGCUCGAGCCUGCUCAGCAGAAGGGAUACAUUGACGCCGUGCUUUGCUUGAAGACAAAGCCUUCGCGUAUCGGUCUAAAGUCACUGUUCGAUGACUUCCCGCACAUCCACUUCCAAUUGGCUGGCAGUAUCCACAAUCAAGCGACGUUUCUACCCUGGCACAGGUACUUCACCAAGUGCUACUUUGAUGCGCUCGGCGAAUACAGCUACUGGGAUUGGACACUCGACCACGACUCCCUCCUCGCAUCCCCGGUCAUGUCGUCCACCACCGGCUUCGGUGGCAACGGCGACGCCAACCGUAGCGAGUAUAACGCGCCCACCGACCAGACACUAUCGUGUGUCAACAGCGGACCCUUCAAGGACCUGCGCCCAGAGUACCUCCCCAAUUCGCCCACUGAGAUGACGGAGGGAGGUCAUUGUUUCUUCCGCAGUGUGGCCGAGGCCAACGAGCCAGAGGCUUGGAAUGCAAUGAAAGAUACGCUCACCCCGGAAUACGUUGCCAAUCAGCAGAAGCUCGAGACCUUCGCAAAGUUUGCGCCGGAUCUCGAGGCCAGUCCACAUGGAACUAUCCACGCCAGUUUGGGUGGCGAAAUGAACCCCACGACUUCGCCAAACGAGCCACUUUUCUUCCUUCACCACCCGCAAAUCGAUCGUCUGUGGUGGAACUGGCAGCAGCGGGAUCCAGAGAAGCGUGUAGCUGAUUAUAGCGGCAUGCAUAAACCUUGGGGAAGCACAAGUUUCAUUCCAGCGUCUAUGAACGAUACAUUGAACAUGCUAGGCGUCGCAGACGAUGUACUAGUCAAGGAUGUUAUGAGCACCACUGGCCCAGUAUUGUGUUAUCGGUACUAG